AUGGCUAGCUUAUAUCCCAAAAAUUUCAAUAGUGGAUUGAUUGUCAACGCACAAGGAAUACAGCUUUCUGACUCUUUGCCUCUUAAGCCACAUCAAGAUGGCACAAUAAAAAAUACAAAUACAUCUUUCAAUGCAAAGUUAGUACUUUCUAAAACAAAAAAAGAAUCAUUUCUGUCGAAAAAUCACAUCGAAAUCGAACUCUCCGAAGAUAAUUUAAAGCAUGUUAGUCGAAUAUUUGAUAUCGAUGAGACCGUUAAUGAACCUUCUAUAAAUGAUGUUUUUCUAACAAUAAAAUGUUUGAAAACUGAAUUAAUUAUUGAAAAACAAAUAAUAAAGCCAUCUGAUGAAUUGAUUGAUAAGGUAAAAGAAGCUCUGGAGCACUAUGAUCCAUAUCAUAAAUUAAUGGAUGUAUUUAAUAGGUUUGGCUAUUUUUUGCCAACUAAGCUAGUUUUAGGACAUAAAAUAUACAGAAUAGCUCAUUUAAUUGCAAAUGAAAGUUUAUCGGAACCUAAAAAUAUAGAUGAUGUAAAGUGGACAACUCUUGAAGAUUUUUCAGAGUUUGAAAUUGGACAAUUAUUAAGCCAAUGGGAAAAAUGCGUAAGUUCUCAUAAUGUUGAUGUGUCUUACUUUGCAUCAAUUAAUGGUGAAUUAAUUAUGAAAGAUGAAUUCAAAGAGUGGAUCAAAGAUUGUUUAGAAAGUGAUCUCAACUCAUUAUCAGUUAUUAGUUGUGAAGGAUUAUAUCCAUUAUAUGAAAUAUUUGAGGUAACUCUUCGUCAGGAAGUUGAAUCUGCCCUUGGUAUUAAUAAUCAAAAAAUGGUACUCAUGGCGGGAAGCGUUCCGAUUGAAGGUCCUCCCUAUUCAUAUUUCAUAAAAUUUCCUGUUUGUUUCAAAUCCAAUGAUUAUCAGGUUUUUGGAAAAUAUAUUUCACGAGAUGGCAAACCAAUUGAUAAAGUGACGAUCAAAUUCGAUUCUAUGGACACAAAUGGAUUUUUAAUUUUUAUAGAAUGCCAAAAGGGCAUAGAAAAAGAUUCACAAAUUGCUUGGAUAAUAAUAGGAAUACCCGCUAAAGUUGGAUAUUUCAGUACUGACACACGUAAAAUUAAAAUUUUAAGUUCUGGUGAUGUUUCAUUUGCCGAAUUUGAAAAUUUUGAGGUUCCAAAAAAUUUACCACUCGACACAGUUCUUGUUACCACAUUCAAAUAUCCACUUUCAAACUAUGAGCCAAAUUUCGGUUCUCCGAAAGUUACUCAAUUCACUGUUAAUGAAAAUACAAAGAAAUUUGAUGAAGACAAUGAAAAAAGAAAAAAAGACGAUAAUAAUUAUAAACCACAUUUAAAUGAUGAAUAUGAAAUAGGUUUUGAUAGCAUAAUUGAUGCAGUUCAACCGUUUCUUCCAUUAUUUCAAUCUGUUCAAACUAUUGUAGAUUCAGUGAUUAUGAAUGAUGUGAAUGAUAAUAUUAGUGAACAAAAGAAAGAGUUAGCACAAUUGUCAGAAAAGUUUGAACAAUUUAUGAAGCAAACAUCCUCUAUCGAUCCCACAUUACUCGAAGCCUAUAGAGAGCCUGACAUAAAUGCGCGAGAACUUAUUUUAGAUCAUUCAGAAGAUGAUUUUGGAAAAACUGUCCUUAAAAGAACUUAUCGGGGGCUUACAGUCGCAUGUAAAAAGAUGCUUGUUGAAAAAAAUGAUGUAAAACCUCAUGUCGAAUUUGCUAUCUUGCGUAGACUGGGAACUUCUCCUGAAAAAAUAAGUCAUGCGCAAUAUGACUCUAGCGUUAAGUAUAAUCAUCAAUGUGAAAUGUACAGUUUUGGAAUUCUUCUGUGGGAACUCUGUCAUCAACGAAUUCCAUAUGAAAAUAUUAAUUCAAUUCUCGAAAUUGAACAACUAGUCAGAGACAAGAAACGAGAAAAAAUAACGCUUGAUCCAAGUCCAAUCGCACAAGAACUUUUUAAAAUAAUUAAGCAAGCUUGGAAUCACAAUCCUUCAGAACGUCCACAAUUCAUGAAUGUAUUAUCAACUCUUAAAGAGGUUUAUGAAAAAUUUGAGAACAACCCAAAAGAUUAUUCUGAAAUAAUUAAAUAUAUUAAAAUGUCUGCUGAUAAUGGAAAUGAAAUUGCCUAUUAUAAUUUGGCAAUUAUAUAUAUGGAAGGAUUAUAUACUGAACAAAUUAAUAAGGAAAAGGCUAAGCAUUAUGCCAGAUUAGCCGCUUCGAAAGGUCAUUCUAAUGCUAUUGAACUUUUAAAAAAAUUAAACGUUGGAAACACUGAUGCUUGA